GGAAACGGUGCCUAGUCUGCCACUUCCGGGUGCCUUGCAAGCCGUCCACGGUUCACAGUCCACCCCGCAGGCCGCAGUCCGUCUGGUUCCCUUGCUUGUGACAGAAUACGCAGUCCGUCCAGCGUGCCCUGGGCUGGGCUGGGGUUCAUCGGCUUGGAAAGCCCCCUGGCCUGAUGCUUGCUAAGGCACACGACGAUGACAAACAAGGAAAAAGCCGCAAUGAGGUAAAUAAUUAAACUACCGCAGCAUUGUGCACCGAUUCCACGCCCAAGUUACCCGCCGGUUCAUGCAGUGCUCCUUACAUAUGUACCUAACCGUAUUGUAUGUAGGUAUAGUACAGUCCGGAAUAUUGAGUCCCGGAAUUACCUACAUACACUACCUACACCACGUUGUCUUCUCCUCGGGCAGGUGGGUGCAUCCCCGUCAGCAGCCGAAAGCCUCUCGACAGCCCGCCCGGCUGACAAUGGCCGUGGUUACACAGGCGAUGCGAUACGCCACAGUCUCUUGUGGGUGUGCAACGGAGACCAAAAGAUGCCGAGAGGCGUGGGGAAAGCGAAGGACAACUCUUGUUGAUUCUGAAUCUGCAUCACGUCACGCCACGGAAGGAUCCUGGCACCCAUGCCGAGUGGAUGGUCGGGCUCGGAAUCUACCCAUGGCCCAUUGUUUCUUUAGCCCGAGGCUACCACUAGCGCCUCAUGCAGGAUGGACAGCCGAAAGCCACAGUCGGCUCAGGCUGACCUCAGCCCCUUCAGCGGGAGCCAUGUGCCCUGUUGGCUGACAGGCGCGCAUUAAUUCUAUACUGGAUAGAUAUCUACUGCUGCUGCAUACUACACGGCGCAGCGCAGCAGCGGGUGCGGCUUCUAGAGGGCUUUGGCACCCUAGCAGUGGCACUGGAUGGUGAAAAGAAGAAUUUCGUAAGACAGACACACAGGCAGACACACAGACAGAUGGAAACGAUUACAUACGCCGGCUCUAUC